AUGCUUAAAUAUGACACCAUGAUUAAUAUGCAACAAUUCCAACCGUUCAUCAUUCUAACAUCCAUAUGCAAUACAAGGGCCUGCAUUGUAAUCCUAGAUAAUUAUCGCUCUGCAGUGACUUCCAUUGCAGUAUCUGAAGAUGGAUGGGCACUGCUCAGUGCCAGAAUAGAUAAGAUUGUAACAUUUUGCUUGUUUGGGCAAAAGGCUUCGGAUGUUACAAACAACACAAACGACAAUGUGAAAAAUGGAGAAUUUAUAAAAGCAGAAAAUAUCAUCAUGAACUCCCAGAAACUACCAGGGGAUAUGCAUUCUCCUAGGAUGAAAUUUAAGCAGCAUGAGGACAGCAUAAUCAACCUAGGAGGUUCCAGUAAUCAUAUUCUUGAUAAAAUAACCUCUUCAACACUUCAGCCUUGCCAUAUUCUUAAACACAAUAAACAGUUCAACAGUUCAAAAGUUUAA